ACCAGAAAACCCUUCUCUCCUCAGAUCCGUUGCAGCAGACAUCUUCCCUGAAACGGAUGCAUCUUCCGUCAAUUUCAUUUCUCCCUGAAACGUAUACGCAUCUUCCAUCAAUUUCAUCUCUCUAACUGCACUGAAUAGAAGAAGCUUGGAGAGAAUGAAAGAUCCAACCCUGCAAAAUCACAGCAUCUUGAUCCCUCCUUUCUUUCAAAUUCGGCUUUGAUUGAAUUGCUUGUUCCAAUGGUUGCUCUGCAAACCUGCUCAUUCCUUUCCAUGUGCUUCAAGAGAACCCAUUAGCUCAUGUACAAAUAAAGUAAACAAGUCUUUAGAUUCUUCAGUAGCAGCAACAACAUGCUCAAAUUUUGCAGGAACAUAAGAUUGCUUUCAUCUGGGUAAAAAAGUCAACGUUCACAAGUUCAGCUAAAAGGAGAUGAAAAUGGCACCCACAAGCAAGGCAGACAGGAAGGCAGCAUUAGAUGUGGCCUCAUGGAUGUUCAAUGUUGUUACUUCUGUCGGAAUCAUCAUAGUGAAUAAAGCCUUAAUGGCAACAUAUGGCUUCAGUUUCGCGACGACAUUAACUGGCCUGCAUUUUGCCACCACAACCCUGAUGACUGCUUUUCUGAGGUGGCUGGGAUAUAUCCAGGCCUCCCAUCUACCAUUACCCGAGCUUCUGAAAUUCGUCCUCUUUGCAAACUUUUCAAUUGUAGGGAUGAAUGUCAGUUUGAUGUGGAAUUCCGUGGGGUUCUAUCAGAUCGCCAAGCUUAGUAUGAUCCCUGUAUCCUGUUUUCUGGAAGUUGUCUUGGACAAGAUCCGAUACUCAAGGGAUACUAAGCUCAGCAUAGGGGUGGUUCUGCUUGGCGUUGCAGUAUGCACCGUUACUGAUGUGAGCGUCAAUGGCAGAGGAUUUAUUGCAGCCUUCAUUGCAGUUUGGAGCACUUCUCUACAACAGUAUUAUGUCCAUUUCCUUCAAAGGAAGUAUAAUCUUGGAUCAUUCAACCUCUUGGGGCACACUGCUCCAGUCCAGGCUGCCUCAUUGCUGGUACUGGGGCCCUUCCUGGAUUUGUGGCUGACAAAUAAGAGAGUCGACCAAUACGAUUAUAAUGUUACCGCUGUGUUCUUUCUUAUCUUGUCAUGCACGAUUGCGGUAGGAACCAACCUUAGCCAAUUCAUCUGCAUUGGGAGAUUCACUGCAGUGUCUUUCCAAGUCCUCGGCCAUAUGAAGACCAUCCUCGUGUUGAUCUUGGGAUUCUUCUUCUUUGGGAAGGAGGGCCUCAAUCUACAUGUAGUUUUGGGCAUGAUUUUAGCAGUGGUGGGUAUGAUCUGGUACGGCAACGCCUCAUCUAAGCCUGGAGGGAAGGAGCGCCGGAGCUAUUCACUUCCGACUGACAGAUCUCAAAAGCAUGGUGCACUGUCGGACUCGGGUGAUCCUGAUGACAAGGUCUAGAUGUAGGCCUCACAUUCUCCAUGAGGAGUCGCAACACUCAUCACGAUCCUUAUUCUCAAGGAUAUGGAAGGACAACAUUCGGAGGAUGAUAGGGAGACUCCAAUAAUCACUUAUAACAACAAAGGUAGAACUCUUUUUUGUUUUCCGAUUUUUUUUUUCCCAUUUCCCUUUUGAUUUUGAAUUUCUGUUUGGAAUGCUAUUUGGUCCACAUGCAGAUUCCUACAGAAACUUAUUUUUGCUUUUUGUUGUUGUUUCAUCUCAAUUUAUAGUAUAAUUUAUUUCCUUCCACUUUCAAAUAUAAAUCAAAUUAUUUGCAGUGUCUUGUGACUCAUUUCCCAGCAAAUGGAUCUUAGUUGGAUGUCUCCUUUCA